CCUUUGUGGUGACGUUGUCGGCUGCCAUUGGUGGAGAUUGAGGUAGUUGUGUGUGCGACUUUGUGCUUCCCCCGGCGGCUUUCUCCCGAGAUUUCGUCGGCGAGUGCAGAGUGACAGAGCAAAGAGCAAGAUGGCGGCGCCGGGAGCGGAGACUCAGGCCAGCCUCAAUGGCUCUGUCGGGACUGAAGCAGCCAUCGCCCCUGACCAACAGAACGCACAACAGCAGCAGCAACAACAACCGCCACCCCCUAACGCAUGGCAGGUGAUUAAAGGGGUCCUCUUCAGAAUCUUCAUCAUAUGGGCCAUCAGCAGCUGGUUUCGCAGAGGGUCGACUCCCCAGGACCAAAGCACAUCUGUAGGGGCACCCCGACCCCCCAGCCGCAACCUCUUUCCUAAGGAAACAUUGAUGGACCUCUACGUGUUCCUUUCAGAGAACGAACAUUUCACAGAGUUUAACGCCACUACUGCCCUCUUCUGGGAGCAGCGAGAUUUGGUGUACGGGGACUGGAGCAGCGGUGCCAGCGGAGAUGGCUGCUAUGAACAGUACUCUGAAAUCAGUAUUCCUGAGGGCGUCCAGAACAAUGGCUCCUUCUACAUCCAUGUGUACCUGACUAAGAGCGGCUUCCAUCCAGAUCCCAGCAGGAAGAGUCUACAUCGAAGGCUGGCCACAGUUUAUACAUCUCGUAUGCUUAAUAAAUACAAACGCAAGCGAUUCCUUAAGACCAAGAACCUCCUGACGGGAGAGACAGAAGCCGAUCCGGAAGUUAUUAAGAGAGCCGAGGACUUUGGUCCCAUAGAGAUCAUCUCACACUGGCAUCCGAACUUAACCAUUAAUAUUGUCGACGACCAUACUCCAUGGGUACAAGGCAGCGUCCCACCACCUCUAGACCAGUAUGUAAAGUUUGAUGCAGUCAGUGGCGAUUACUAUCCUAUAGUGUACUUCAAUGAUUACUGGAACCUACAGAAAGACUAUGUGCCAGUCAAUUCCAGUGUAACAAGCUUGCCCUUACGGCUGUCAUUUUGUCCUCUGUCCCUGUGGCGGUGGCAGCUUUAUGCGGCUCAGAGCUCACGUAGCCCCUGGAGCUUCCUUGGAGAAGACCUAUAUGAGCAGUCUGAUGAGGAGCAGGAUUCCAUUAAGGUUGCUCUUUUGGAGACAAACCCCUACCUUCUAGCUCUAACCAUCACAGUGUCCAUUGUACACAGCAUCUUUGAGUUUCUGGCUUUCAAGAAUGAUAUCCAGUUCUGGAAUAGCCGUCAAUCUCUGGAGGGUCUUUCUGUCCGAUCUGUCAUCUUUGGGGUAUUUCAGUCCCUUGUGGUCUUGCUUUAUAUCUUGGACAAUGAGACCAACUUUGUGGUGCAGGUCAGCGUUGGUAUUGGUUUGCUGAUUGAUUUCUGGAAAAUCACAAAGGUCAUGGAUGUCAAGGUGGAUAGAGAAAAUAAAGUGGCCGGUAUCUUCCCCCGAGUGACUGUGAAGGAUAAAUCCACAUACGUUGAGUCGGCUACCAAGGUGUAUGAUGAUAUGGCAUUCCGCUACCUGUCCUGGAUCCUCUUCCCAUUGCUGGGAUGCUAUGCAGUAUACAGCUUAUUGUACAUGGAGCACAAAGGCUGGUAUUCCUGGGUACUAAGCAUGUUGUAUGGCUUCCUCCUCACGUUUGGAUUUAUCACGAUGACUCCACAGCUGUUCAUUAACUAUAAGUUGAAGUCAGUUGCCCACCUCCCAUGGAGGAUGCUCACCUACAAAGCCCUCAACACCUUUAUCGAUGACUUGUUUGCUUUUGUUAUCAAGAUGCCCAUGAUGUAUAGGAUCGGGUGUCUGCGAGAUGACGUGGUCUUCUUCAUCUAUUUGUACCAACGCUGGAUCUAUCGAGUGGACCCCACGCGGAUGAACGAGUUUGGGACCAGCGGCGAGAGCCCCCCUGCUCUUCCUGUCCAGGAUCAGCUAGCGCUCAAUUCCCCCAACCCUGAAGACACAUCCCCACCCAAACCAGAAGAAGACAAAAAGAAAGACUAAUUUAUUUUAUUUUUAGUUUAUUUUUUUUAUUUUUUCUUGUUCCCAUUCUACAUGAACUGUUAAAACCUCCCCCGGGGGGUAAAUCGGCUGCUGUUUUAUAUAUAAAUCUCCUCUGUCCCCUGACCCUCUUUGUUGAGACGGCAUUUCCCCCGUCUGUUAAUAUGUAUAUGGGACUGGUGAAGUUUGUCUUUCUCUGCCCCCCCUGUUGCUUUCGGUCAUCCUGUCCGUCUUUCUGUCCGGUCCUUUUUCCCCUCUUACUUUCUAUCUCUCUCUCUUACUGUUCCUUGCCCUCUGUCUCUCCUACUCGCGCUCCUUCCUCUCUGAUAGAAUUCCAUUGUGCUGUGUCUUUCUUCUUCCUCUCAAUCUUGACUCCUCCGUGGGAUCAACUUGCUCAAACUGGGUUUAAUAAAUAUGGCCGCUCUUUAUCUUCCUGCAGUUCGUGCGGCAGUAAUAGUUCAA